AGCUAUUCCGUGCACCACAAAAAUAGUGCUUGUCACACCAAGCUCACUCGACUGUUAAUUCAUUUCCAUUUGUUAGCAUGUUGCCAGUGGCGUGAUACUGUGAUACUCAAGCAUAACAUCCAUAGCACACGCAAAUGUUCUAAUUCUAAGUCUUUUUUGCAUUAAACCAGGCAAACUUUGAUUCAACAUUUCUCUUGCUUUAACAUCCAUCUUGAAUUUUUUUCAGUGUGCAUAUCUGCAUAUCAGUUCAAGCAUACAUUCGAUGUUGCCCCAUAAGUUAUAUGGCAUAUAAUGUCUUCUGUCCAGGUAAGAAGCUCAUUUAUAGCAUUUGGAACAGAGCUUAUGCCAAUCUUUCUCUCUCUCUCACACAUACACCCACACGAGACUCGCUGCACCCCCUCCUAAUCCUGUCAAACGUGAGCUCACUGCAGAGCACUAUAUGUUGCCAAGGAAACCUAUUUUAGGUUGAGGGUGACGAGAAGCUCCACAGAGGUUUACAGUGCAACUGCAAAGAGAAACAGCUUUUCUCUAAUAAUCAAGAACAUUCUAUAUGCUCAUCUUUCUAUGUAUCGGUCUGUCUUUCUUUCCAAUAAGGUUGCAUUUCACCUCUCAGAUGUUUUAAUGGUGUCUGCUAAACGCUGAGCCAACAAAUGAGUCAGAGAUGCUGAAGUCGGCAGAAAUAAAUUGCAGAAUGACAAAAUAGAGCGGGAUCCAAAGAAGGCAAAUGAAUGCGAGAACUGUGAUCGAAAGGAAAAACGUGUGAGAGAGAGUGCGAGAAGGGAGGUGGGGAGUGACAAGACGAACAGAGAGAGUGAGAGAGGGACGUUGUAUUUCUUCCAGUCUGUUUUGGAAGGGAAGGACUUUGACGUUCAGCAGCUGGGAAGCACAGUAGGAGAGACUCCACACUCCACAUUCAUUUUCCUCCUCCCUUGAGCGAGCACUGUCUGUCUCUCCAGGAAAUAGUGCCACAGCUCCGGCAGGUCGGGACUGCAGAAGACCAGAGAAUUGGAUUUCAACGCCACCUUCUCCCCAGACAGGCAGGGACAGGUGCUGCAGGCUGAGAAAGGAGGAGCAAAGCAAAGCGGAGACACGCCGCAGCGCUUCAGAGGAGGAAUCCUGAAACAGCUGUCCAGCAGACGUCCUGCCUGUGAGAAAUAAACCCUCAAGGGCAGAAAGAGAGAGAGUGAGAGAGAAGACGAAAACGGCAACACGCUGCACCACCCAGAAGCUGACUAACAGUUUGGGUCAAAGCACCUCCGGAACGACAACCACAGAGUGAAGAAAAGAAGGACAUUCAUCUGCAAAGACACCGGAGCAGGUAAAGGACAUUCGAGCUGGAUUAUCUACAGUGAAGAUUGAGGAAGCAUUUAAAACAGCUGCUCUCUGAGAAUGUAACCCCUGCACCUCUUUUUUGCGAGACUCCAGCGAGACUCCAGCAAGUUUAUCGCACAUCCGAGGAGAUCUAAACUUCCAGAGCGUUCCUCGUUCCUCUUCAUAACCGCUGGACUCUAUUGCAGAGAUGCCUGCCAAAACGCCCAUCUACCUGAAAUCCAACUACAGUAAAAAGGGAAAGAAAUGCCGCCUGAGGGACAUUUUAUCCCCGGAUAUGAUCAGCCCUCCUCUCGGGGACUUUCGACACACUAUCCACAUCGGAAAGGGCGGAGAGUGCGAUGCCUUCGGUGACAUGUCGUUCCUGCAAGGAAAUUUUGAGCUUCUACCAGGGAAAGGUGGCCGUAUUCGGCCUCAAUAUGGCAUCCAUGGGGAGUUCACAAGAGCUAACAGCGCCUCGGAUGCGUCUUGUGUUGAAACUCCAUCGCCGGUCCUGAAGAACGCAAUCUCGCUACCAACUAUCGGGGGCAGCCAAGCACUGACUCUGCCUCUGAUUUCCACCACCGUAUUCCCAGUAACCCAAGAUCGCCUGUCUGAGCCAUCUACCCCUCCAGCCGGUUCUGAAGAUCUGGAAAUCCUGCAGAUGGAGAACCUGCUCCAGUCCAUCAGUGCUUUCAGGUGCGACCCCAGCCCUGUCCCAGAGGAGGAUGAACCUUUGAUCGAGCGCACUGAGAUGUCUGAGAAAUCACUUGUAAAGAAGGAGAUACACAGCAGUGAAAAUGAGCUUGAAACAUUUUUGUCCGUCUUUGUUAACGGGAACGCUGAUGCCAAUGGGAACUUUAACAACGGUAACCAUGACGAUUCGGUCUUUGAGUACGAACAGGAGAUGUUCAGCAUUAAGGGAGACUGGGCGGACAGAGACAGCGGUGUUGAAGAAGGUCGUCUAUGCGAUUCGGACUUUGAAAUCUCAAAAAGCAAAAGCCCCUCACAGGAGUCGCUCACUCAAAUCACGGGAUCCCUUUUCUCUCUCAAACUUGACUUGGGCCCAUCCAUUCUGGAUGAUGUACUCAAUAUCAUGAAUAAGCCAGUGUCUUAGGAAGUGAUUUUUAUUGAGAACUAAAAGGGAAUCUAUUUGUCUCGAGCCCAAACUUGACAUGGCAAUACUGACCUGAAGAGGCUGAACUUUCUUUCCCAGAGUAAGUUUUUUGUCUUUAGCUUCGGAGUGUCUUGCACAUAAAAGUAAUGCGAUUGACACACAGCCGUUGUGCCUUUUAAGUUAAAUUUAAGCAUGCAUGGAUUCUGAUGUUGUACACGCAGAUCAGAUGAGGCAUUUUCUGUGUACUGUUGUUCAUUCACAACCUCAUACAAAAGUCAGUGUGAUAACGUGUACAUUUCUGCAAACAUAUACAAUGUUCCCAUCACAACGUCUUUCACGCACAGAUAUAUUUAUACUGACAGUUUCAUUAACCACACUACCAAAUCUUAAAUACCUACAGCAUAUAUGUUUUUACGUUGUGAAGCUAAAUAUGAAAUAAAUAAAUAAAUAAAUAAAUAAACAAUUCUCUUAUUUAGUUUA